AUGAAGACCGACUACUAUGAGCUGUUGGGGGUCAGCAUCGAGGCGUCUGAUCUGGAAAUCAAGAAGGCGUACCGGAAAAAGGCGCUCCAGCUUCAUCCAGACAAGAACCCAGACGACGUCGAGGCCGCGAGUCGCAAGUUCAAUGAGGUCAAGGUAGCGUACGAUACCCUUAGCGAUCCCCAGGAACGGGCCUGGUACGACUCCCACAAGUUUCAGAUAUUGAUGGAGGACAGCGAUCGGGACCUUGGAGACGACGCCUCCGCCGAGGUUUACUACGCAGGUCUGUCUGUGGACGACAUUACGCGAUAUCUAAAUCCAGAUCUGUACACCCGGAUGGACGACUCGAUCAGCGGGUUCUAUGCGGUUGCUGGCGUUGUGCUCGACCGCAUUGCAAGCGAGGAGGUUUCCGCGGGCAAGAAGCAGAAGCUUCCUGGAUUCCAGAGCUACAAGGACGACACGCCGUUUGCCAAUGCGUGCGACCCAAAAGAGCUGCUCUACCCAAGGUUUGGCAACUCGCGGUCCGACUACGGCGAAGUUGUGCGGAUAUUCUACAAGGUGUGGGGCAAUUUCGCGUCUGUCAAGAGUUUCAACUGGUUAGAUGAGUACCGGUACUCGAGUGCGCCGGACAGACGCACUCGACGGCUGAUGGAGAAGGAAAAUAAAAAAAUCAGAGACUCUGCGCGCAAGGAGUACAACGAGGCCGUGCGGCGGCUGAUUGCGUUCUUGAAGAAACGCGACCCGCGCGUGAACGCGACCGCGCAGCGCGAGUACGAGCAGGAGCGGAUCAGAAGGCAGCAGGACGAGGUGAAGCAGCAGGCGAAGCGAGACAAGGAGCAGCGGCAGCGCGACAAGACGGAGUUCAGCGAGCAGAGCUGGCAGAUGCUGGACCCAGACGACCUUGCAGAGAUCGAGCAGCAGCUCGACAAGAUGUAUAUGGAAGAGCAGGAGGAGAGCGAGGACGAGGAGCUGUACGAGUGCAUUAUUUGCGACAAGCAUUUCAGGCACGAAAAACAGUUUUUGGAGCACGAGAAGAGCAAGAAGCAUAUCAAGUUGCUGAGGCGGCUGCAGUGGCAGAUGCGCAAGGAGGGGAUUGAACUGGGGAUUGACGAGGAGAGCUAUGUGCGCAGCGAGGAUGAGUACGAGAGCGCGGUCGAGGACCUUGAGCCUGAAGAGCCUGAGCCUCGAUCUCCGGAGCCCGAGCUUGAAGCAGUCGAGCCUCAGCCUCAGCCUGCAGAGGUUCCGUCUCCAGGUUCGCAGACAGGCCCUGUAGCUGCCGUCGUGCAGCGAGGCUCUGUGUCUCCCGAAGUGGACGACGUGCUGGACGAGGACGAACGAUUGGCCGAGCUGGAGCGGGUCCUAAACGGCGAGGAGAGCGACGACGACUGGUCGACGCGCAAAAAAGGCAAGAAGAAGAAGAAGCCGCGUUCCAAGGCUACGAAGCCUGCUUCGCAGCCAGAAAAAAUGCCAGCUGGCGAGAAGUGCAGCGUGUGCAGGGAAACGUUCGCAAGCCGCAACAAGCUGUUCCAGCACAUCAACGCUACGGGCCACGCGGCCGCGCCGAAGAAGAAGAGACGAUGA